UGUUUGAUGUUUUGAUUUGCUGAUUGCAGAUGAAGGACUAAUUUUAACGAUACGUUCGGUUUAAUUGUUGUGUCGCCAAUCACAAUAAGCUGCCAACCUGUUACCUAUCUCAAUUGAAAUCUUAAAUUGGAAAGUCAGUGUUGAAUUCAGUGUCUUAAAAUAACUGUGAACAGAAUUCGAUAAGAAGGAUUGAAUUACAAGUAAAGCCGAAAAAUGGUGUCAGCAGGGAUGAUGUGUGUAAAGUACCUGCUUUUUUGUUUCAAUUUACUCUUCACAAUCGCUGGUAUAGGUAUACUCACUGUAGGAGUUAUAUCUCAUCUUUUUUAUUCUGACUACUCCAGCUUUACGUACCCCAGCUUUCAAAUAGUUCCCCUGGUUCUUAUAGCUGUUGGUGUGAUAAUUUUCAUUGUUGCCUUUUUGGGAUGCUGUGGAGCAGCAAAGGAAAAUCAAUGUAUGAUUUCAAUGUUUGCAGUUUUUCUAAUUGUCAUUUUUGUGCUUGAAAUCACAGCUGGUGUUUUUGGAUACAUUCACAGAAACGAAGUGGAUGUUAUGUUGGAAGAUAAACUGAAUUCAACCAUUUCUUAUUAUUAUAAAAAUGAAGAAAUAAGGCAUACCUGGGAUAUAGCCCAGCAUGAGGGAGAAUGCUGUGGUAUCAAUGGUCCAACAGACUGGCAGAGUGUAACCAAAAAUGACUCAUUGCCUCAUACAUGUUGUCCAAACACUGCUGAUGAUGGAUCCUGUACAAUGAGAACUGAGACACAUUACACUGCAUCUUGUUAUGAUAAACUCAAAAUACUUUUUUCAAAGAACGCUACAAUAAUUGAAAGUGUGGCUCUUGGGAUAUCCCUAUUACAGAUAUUUGGAAUAGUCUUUGCCUGUAGUUUGAGGCGUGCAAUUCGUCAUGAAUAUGAAACUGUUUAAUUCAGAAUAUGACCUUAUUUUUUAUGCACUGAAUAAUGACAUGAAUAUUAUUGAACCAAAUAAUUUCACAUUGAAAUAUUCAUGAUCACCAGACUUUCAGGCCAAAUUUAAUCUAUAAGUUUUAUGGAAUUUGUUUUUGUUUUUUUUAUUACUUGUUUUUAUGUCGUUUACGACCUUAUAUAUACAAUUUUUGAGUAUUAAUUUAUUAGAAAAUAGGAAAAAAAAGUGAAAAACUCUCAGAUUUGAUGAACCAGUAACCAAAUAUAUGAAAAAACCUAUUAUAUGUACAAUUAUAAUCUACAUUUGUUGGGAUGAAAUAUAUAUUCUCCAUCAUAAAAUAUAUGAAUACAGGGUGUUGAAGAAAUAUGUACCUAUAUGAAUUGUUGAAUUUUGGUGGCGCUCAUCUUGUAGGAUAACGGAAAUUGUACCGUUUAAAUUUUCUAAAAUACGGCAGCUGUCACAUCCUGUAUGUACAAAAUUUUGUAGAGAAUUGUGAACUGUCUUGGAUUUUUGAGGACUGAUAGUUUAAGCGAGUUUUUAAAAAUGUUGUCAUGUGACUGGAAUAUCUUAUAUGUUUGUAGAAAGUGAAUUUAUAAAAUUUGUCAAUACUUUGUUUUCCAAAUAAACAAUUAUAAAAAUA